UGAGGCGCAAUGAUGGCCGCGUAGGCAGCUGGUGGCAGCGAGGGUCCGCGGCGCGAGGGCCGGGGCCCGGGAUACGCGCGACGCCCAACAGGCCCCAUCUGCGGGAGGACCCACCCCCCGAGGGGUCCUCGUCCUUGCGCUGGCCGCAUGCUCGGGGGUUCCCGGGGUUACACCCCACACUCUUUGGGCCUCCCACCUGUAGAGCGCUCUCAGUUUGUUCCUGGUUCCUCAGCUGGCUAGACCGGACUUGGGCUCGUUGUGCCCCCGACGGAGCCGCCGCAACCCUCUGUCGGCCCACGGAGAGAGGAGCCGGGCCGCGAGGCAAGCAGCCCCGGCCCCGCUGGCCCACGGUGGGACCCGGCUGCAGGCGCGCGGAGCUAGCCCUGCCGGCCGCCCAGGGCCAUGGAGGAGCUGCCGCGCUCCUACAGCCGGUUGUGCAGGGAGACAGGGGGCGAGCCCCAGGAGGCCGUGCUGCAGCAGCUGCGCGCGGCGCCGCGGGACCGGAUGGACCUGGCCACGCAGAGCCUGACCCUGGACACCUGCAGGGCCCUGGGCGAGCUGCUGCAGAAAGAUGCACAGCUGACGGAGCUGGUCCUCAGCGACUGCAUGCUGAGCGAGAAAGGGGCCAUACUGCUGCUCGAGGGGCUGUGUGCCAACACCGUCCUGCGGGUUCUGGAUCUGAAGGGCAACAACCUUUAUGGUGACGCGGUCCUGGCGCUGGGAAAACUCAUCCGACAGAGCAAGUCCAUUCAGAGCCUCACCCUGGAGUGGAACCGCCUGGGCACGUGGGAAGAUGCCUUCGCCACCUUCUGCCGGGCCCUGGCGUGCAAUGGCGUCCUGCGGCAGCUGGACCUCCGCAACAACCAGAUCAGCCACCAGGGUGCAGAGGAGCUGGCCCUGGCCCUAAAGAGCAACAGCAGCCUCCAGCAGCUGGACCUGCGCUGGAAUGACAUCGGCCUCCUGGGGGGCCGGGCCUUGGUGAGCUGUCUCCCCAGCAACAGAACCCUGUGGAGGCUGGAGCUGGCUGGGAACAACGUCCCCAGCGACGUCCUCAGAGCCGUGGAGCAAGCCAUGGACCACAACCAGGACCGGCAGGCCACCUUCCGGAAGAACCGGGCCCACACCCGCGUGCUCAGCGAGGAGGUGCGGCACCUCCGGGAAGAGAAGUCCAAGCAGUUUAUGGACUUGAUGGAGACGAUCGAGAAGCAGCGAGCAGAGAUGGCAAGGAGCAGCCGGACGUCGGCAACACGCGUGGGACAGCUUCAGGAAGCCCUGGCGGAGAGGCACUCCAUCAUCGGCGCCCUCAAGGCCAAGCUGCAGAUGACCGAGGCCGCCCUGGCUCUGUCGGAACAGAAGGCCCAGGACCUGGGGGAGCUUCUGGCCACCACUGAGCAGGACCAGCGGGACCUGGCAGAGCGGCAGGCCAAGGAGCACCGGCUGGCGCAGCAGGAAGCUGCAGAGCGGGAGUCCAAGCUGCUCAGAGACCUGUCUGCCGCCAACGAAAAGAACCUGCUUCUGCGAAACCAGGUGGAUGAGCUGGAGCGGAAGGUGAAGUCCCAGCAGGACCAGCUGUUCCUGACCAGGCAGGAGCUGACCAACACGUCGGCUGAGCUGAAGAUGCGGGCUGUCCAGGCCGAGGAGCGCCUGGAGCUGGAGAAGCGGCGGUCCCGGCAGAGCCUGGCGGACUCUGAGCAGCUGCGCGCCAAGGAGGUGGAGCACAUGACUCGCCACCUGGAGGAGAGCGAGAGGGCCAUGCAGGAGAGGGUGCAGAGGCUGGAGGCGGUGCGGCUGUCGCUGGAGGAGGAGCUGAGCCGAGCGAAGGCACUGGCCCUCAGUGAGCGCGGCCAGGCCGAGGAGGAGCUCGUGAAGGCCAGGAACCAAGUCCGCCUGGAGGAGCAGCAGCGCCUGGCUCACCUGGAGGAGAAGCUGCGGCUGCUGGCCCAGGCGCGGGACGAGGCGCAGAGCACCUGCCUGCAGCAGAGGCAGGCGGCGGCCGAGGCCCAGGCCCGGGCCGGCCAGCUGGGCCUGCAGCUGGAGGGCCUGCGGCGGCGCUUGGAGGAACUGCAGCAGGAACUGAGCAACAAGGACCAGGAAAAGGUGGCUGAGGUGGCCAGGGUGCGUGUGGAGUUCCAGGAGCAGAACGGCCGCCUGCAGGCCGAGCUGACCGCCCAGGAGGCCCUGAAAGAGAAGGUGGCCGCCCUGGAGCGCCAGCUGAAGGCGAUGGCGAGUGACCACCGGGAGGCGCUGCUGGACCGGGAGAGUGAUAACGCCUCCCUGCGGGAGAAGCUGCGGCUCAGGGAGGCGGAGAUAGCGCGGAUCCGCGAGGAGGAGGCCCAGAGGGCCAGCUUCCUGCAAAACGCUGUCCUGGCUUACGUGCAGGGGCCCCCCCUGAGGGCCCUGAGCCCCCAAAAGUGAGGGGAGGCAGAGGGACUCCAGGAGUGGCAAGAAGGUGGCUCUCAAGGGGACGGGCUGCCGGGUCGGGGUGGGCAUCGGUGCCAAGCUGGGUGGGCUGCCUGCCACAGCGACUCUACCUGGAUGCCCGGCCAGAGCCCCCCGACCCCCACCCCCCGCGACGCGGGCGCGCCCGCGGUGGAAGGGCGUUUGGGGAAGCAGAGCCUCAGCACCCGUGCCCCGUUCCACCGUCGCCCUGUACGCUGUGACCGUGGGCGCAGCGGG